AUGAAGUUGCGCACCGUGUGCGUUUCCCUGCUGGUCUUCGCGCUGCUGGCCGGUCAGCACGGCGGGUCCCGGGUCAGGCUGGCCCGGCUGGACCGCUGGGUGAAGGCUGCCUUCCAGUACGUGAAGUUGAGCCUGUGCCGCAGGGUCAGUCUGCCGGAGGGCGAGUGCUCGAGGCUGGCCCACCUCCGCCUGCCCGGCGUGGUGGUCUACGUGUCCGAGUUGAGUCCGGACAAAGUGCUGGCCAUCCUGCCGGACUCCCAGUCCACCGUGAGCCCUGCGGCGGACGAGCCCGGGGCUAAUCGGGAGCUUUUCCCCGGUGCCAGUGCGCACGACGCCGUGCUCGUGCUGGACCCCAGUCCCGAGGAAAGCUUCGGACACCCCGUGGUGCUCUUCUACGUGGACUUUAACGUGACCAAGAAAAGAUGCGGCCACAUGGACGGGAUUUAUUUGGGAGAGGAGUGUCUGACAUUGGCCCUGAAAACUCGCUGCCAGAACCAGCUAAAGAGGAGACGCAGCCGCAGUGACCGUAUGGUGGGGCGAGCACGGUUCCGCAGGAGCACAGUGUCCAGAGCGGGCCGUAUGGAGCGCAGCAGCGGCCUCUGUGAGAUCCAUUUCCUGCCCCUAGUGGUGGGAGUGAGGGACAGCAACCGAACCCAGCGCCUACGCUGCGUGGAUCAUCCAGAAUUUGCCAGAUGCCCACAGCCCUUACCCCUAACCAGGCCAAGUGUUCCUAUCUCCAGUUGCGAACUUAAUAAAAACACCCGCCGAUGCCACCAGCAGCCUUUAGCCACACAUCUGUCCUGCCGCCUCUACCAGACCUGCGACCAUGCAGUCCUGCUGUCAGGUGGCUGGCAGGAACAGAUCACAUACCAGCGCCAUGUGCAGAACCUGCUGCUCUUCUACAGGAUGCUGAGGAACAAUGGCUUCCAUAAGGACCACAUAAAAACGUUCUUUGCUGGAAAUGGACAGGUAGCAGCUAAAGAAGCAGAAGGGAUGUACCCAGCCACAGAGAAGGAGGUGAUCAGAAACCACAUCUCCUACAUCUGCCGCAAGCAGCACUGUGCAGACUCCCUGGUCCUCUACCUGAACAGUCCCACCCGCAACGAUGGAACCAUGCUGCUAUGGGAUCGCAACAACAAUGGCAUUGCGGAUCUGAAGGAGCGCUAUACAGUGGGGGAGCUGUUGGCUGACCUGGCAGGCUGCAGGGCCAGUCGAGUGCUGCUCUUUGUAGAGCAAAGCUACUCCUCCGUCCUCAGUAAGAGACUGAAGAGCUCCCUGAAACACCUUAAUGUGGUGUUGCUCAACGGCUUGCCCUGGGUGGACACGGCUCAGUUCUGGGCCUCUCUGCGUCCAUCCCACUGCCUCAUAGACCAUCUCAGUAAGAGUGCAGUAAUGCCUCGCGUGGCCGACGGUGCAGCGAGCCUACUGAACGUUACACUGGCUGGGGCUCCCUGUAACUCUACGCCUCCUCUCACUGAGGCCGAGAUGAGGAAGGAGUACAUGGGCUGCCAGAACCUGCCCACAGCCUUAUGGCACCAGGGCCGCCGUAAGCCUGAUGAUAGUGAGAGGAACUGAAAGAGAGGCUACGCUGCUUCUUCCAGUACACCCUCCCCCCUCAUCCAGCACUCCAUCACCAAGAUCUCAGAUUCACAAUAGAGAAUCCAGAUGCCACACAUGGCUUCAGGUCAUCUUAGUCCUUCAGUUUGGCUCUUCAUCUUUGUUUGUAAUCCUAGUUUCUUUAGGGCAGUUGCUUUAGAAGGCUAUUAAGCGAGAAUAGAAAUGAACACGCUUAUAAAUUAUUGUUGCUCAUGUUCAAUUCAAACCAUCGUUAAUCAGAUCCAGAAGAUCCAGUGCAAUUCAUGGGCCCCUGCAAGUCAUGGAUGAGUGCGGGCCAGUGCGGACACAGAGGGAGUGAGAGCGGAUGGGAGGCUGCAGUGAUAGAAGAGGAAUAAGAGAAAAGUGUACAAUGUCCUCACUCUGAACUCCAGCUCUCCUGCUUUCCACUCUGCAGCAGGCCCACUCCUGCUGCCUUAUUCUUUACCCGCCGUGGGGGUUCAGCAGGCGGGCAGCGCUGCUCUCCAGCCGGAGCGUCCCGCCACGGGUCAGCGCGCAGGCCAUGGCUGGAGAUGAACAAUGGUGACAACGCCACUCUGCCGCACACCUCACGCCCACUUUAACAUUUCAGGACAAAUCUACAUUUCCCUCUCAGACGGCCUGAAGCAGCGGAGGCCUGGCCAUGAUUUAGUCAUGAGAACUGUUCCUUUGGUGGGCCCGUCCCCGAUGCUGCCCCUUGCAAGGCCACUUUAGAGCUCUCUCCUUCACUUACAGGCUUUUGCUAACCACUCUGCAAUCAGCAUGCCCUCAAACCCCUCGCCCACGUCAGCGCUGGCCUGUAGGAGAGAGAAAAGAAACUACAGGAGGAUAUGGAGCUAUCUCGCUGGUCUCUGCUGCAAAUUAAGUAUGAACUUUCAAAAAUUAAUCAAGGCCAAUGCAGGUUCAAGCAAGUAACCAGAAAAGUAGACAUCUACAUCAUAGAACCUCCCUCAACCCUGUUACACUUUAUACUCCAGAUGAAGCUUAUUGGUGAGCUAUAUAAAGUAUGGAUGUGGUGAGAGCAAGGUCAGUUAUUGCUGACUAUCAUAAGCCUUCUUUCCCUUUUCUCUUGUACAAACUGUCAUUAAAUCAUGUUCUCAGCGCAUUUUAGCUAAACAUAGUUUAACAGACAAUAUAUAAGCUUCAAAAGUCAGUAAAGUCAACAAAUACUGUUUUUGUAUAGACCAGAAAUGUGUUUCAUUUUGUAAAUAUCUGUCAUGUUCUGCUAAACAAACAAUGUCAAGAUGAUGUCAAGUAAUGUCAAGUAAGGGGAUCAUAAAGAUCCUCACUGCUGUUGUUUGUUAAACCAUAGAGUGUGUGAACUGAUGUAAAUACU